AUGGGAGAGGCUUGGUUCCGAGUGCUGAGUGUGUCUUGUAUAAACAGCACAGGAACCAUUCCGCAGCAGCGUCAUCAUGCCGUCGGUUGCCAUGUUGUCGGUCGUCGUGCUCGCGGCGGUCCUGUUGGUUGGACGGGUUGCAAAACUAAUGGCCGUCGUCGGUCGGUAGUUCCCACCACUGAAGCUCGUCGCCGCCCAUCCAUCCGGCCGAGGGAGAUCUGGCUGAUCUAUGUCUGUCGGUACUGCACCAUGGAGACUAUUGCGUGGUGUUGGCGGCCCAGGGGAAGACGUCGUUGCUGCCUUUUACUUUCGCACACGUCGUCUGAAUGCGACACAGCUAUGGUGGCUGCGUCGGCUGCCUCACCACCCACGUCAAAGUGA